UUCUGGCGAUGGCCCAUAUGGGCUACGUGGAAGAGAUCAUCAGCUGAUGAAAGGCUUCGGUGGGGCAGAUAAAGAUGUUCUUGGAAUUGGACGCAACUCAUAACCUUGGAGUAUCAAGAAAUGGAGGACACCUCAAAGAAAGGGUUAGAGGGGACUGGUCUGCAACUCCCAGUGAAUCGCCAUGGCAACCUGAAGAGUGCUUCCUCUGAUCAAAAGCUCCUCGAAUUUCUUCGUGAUAUUAGAGUUUCCAAGACACCUGCAGUUAUCAACUAUGGUGCCUCAUGGUGUGGGGUGUGCAGCCAAAUCCUCCCUGCAUUUUGCCAGCUAAGUAACAACUUCCCCAAGCAGUCCUUCAUAUAUGCAGAUAUUGAUGAAUGCCCAGAAACAACACAGCAUAUUCGUUACACCCCUACAUUUCAUUUUUAUCGUGAUGGGGAAAGGGUUGAUGAAAUGUUUGGUGCUGGAGAAGAGCGACUGCAUGAUCGAUUGUGGCUGCACUCCUGAAAUCUUGUCCUAGGGUUUCUUAUUUAUUAACAUGUAGAUGCAGGGACUAUCUGGUGGGAGAAUGUACUCUGCAAUUGUCAAAUUGUGUGAAAUACAGCACUGCUUUGUGCAUUCCAGUUAUGAUUAUCUGAUUGUCAGA